GACGUAGAGGCAGAGACAUAACGAUGAAGACUGAUGUUCAGGAACAAUAAAGAAACGAAAGAGAGCGAAUGAUAUAACAUAAGCACAGCGGGCGAGAGAGUUUGAAAAUUGUUAAAGUGCAAGUUGAAAGAUGAAAGAAUGGCUGAGUCAGUUGAAAAAAGCGUUUGGGUUUUCGUUUCUUUGGCUUAUUUGUUUGAUCUACUUCACUCAGGGUUUUAGAUCAUUUGUAUGGACAGCAGUUUCCUACCAGUUGAAAGACAAGCUUAAGUUGUCACCCUCAGUAUCCCAGUCUGUGUCUUCAAUAGCAUUUUUCCCAUGGAGCAUAAAACCGUUAUAUGGAAUUUUGUCUGAUUGCAUUCCAAUUAGAGGAAGGAAAAGGGUUCCGUACUUAAUCAUUGCAACAAUGCUGUCUCUUGUGCCAUGGAUAAUUCUGGGCCUAAAUGAUUAUGUGAGGAGUUCCCAAUGGCACCUAAUAGUCUUCUUGACAGCACAAAAUUUGGGCUCAGCUAUGGCAGAUGUUGUAGUUGAUGCAAUGAUUGCUGAGGCAGUAAAAUCUGAGCAAGCUGCAUUUUCUGGAGACCUCCAGUCAAUAUCUUGGUUGGCAAUGGCUUUUGGUGGAAUAUGUGGGAGUUUAUUAGGAGGAUAUGCAUUAACCAACUUACAGAUAGAUAGAAUUUUUCUUCUUUUCUCCGUGCUGCCAACCAUACAGUUAUUAUCAUGUUGCUUGGUUAAGGAAACUCCUGUAGGUAGUGAAGCUUUCCAAGAGUUUUCUAAUUCAAGCAGCUCCCAUCCAGUGAAUGGGAAUAAUCAUAUUUUGGAUGAGGACAAUUUCUUUGAGAAGUCCAAUAUCACCAUGUCAAGAAGAAAGAAAAGACAAAAGAACAAGACAAAGAGAUUGGUUAUGACGAGGAAAACUCGAAGUCCUGAAAAAGACAACCAUUUAGUCUUGCAGUGGUUCCACUCUCUGAAAACAGCCACUUACAGUUUGUAUUCUGCAUUUAGACAGCCAUUGGUUCUGAGGCCAAUGGCUUGGUUUUUCAUGGCAAAUGUAACUAUUCCCAACUUGUCAACAGUCAUGUUUUAUUACCAGACUGAGGUAUUGAAUUUGGAAGCAUCCUUUCUGGGUACUUCCCGUGUUGUUGGAUGGGUAGGCCUCAUGCUCGGAACCUUCAUUUAUAACCGUUACCUGAAAAAGAUGAAGCUACGGAUUAUUCUAAUGUGGACUCAAAUUGGUUUAGCAAUCUUGAGUUUCCUAGAUAUUGUUCUCGUCUCUCGAAUGAAUGUCUCCUAUGGGAUUUCUGAUAAGACCAUGGUGCUCUAUGGAUCUGCUCUGUCUGAUGCAAUCAAUCAAUUCAAGUUCAUGCCAUUCCUCAUCUUAUCUGGACAGCUAUGUCCUCCAGGAAUUGAAGGAACUCUCUUUGCCCUUUUUAUGUCAAUAAACAACUUUGGGUCCACAUUAGGAUCGUUUGCUGGUGUUGGGUUGGCUUCAUUUUUUAAAAUCUCUUCAGGGUCUUUCGACAACCUUGCUUUGGGGAUCAUUGUUCAACUUCUCUGCACUUGCAUUCCAAUUGCCUUUUUAUUUUUGAUACCGAAGGAAGCCACAGGAAUAUCUGCGUAGUUAGCAAUGAUUGCAGAAUUGCCUAGCAAAUGAAAUGCAUAGAAUCAUUUUAACAUUAACCUUCAGAUCGAGAAUCUCAGGGUCAUAGCAUAUUUUUUUUAACAUAGAGAAUGCCAUUUAGAAAUAUGCCUCCCAUAAUAUUGUCAUGUAUACACAGAGAAAUUUAUACAAAAGUUUUGAGUUGGCCA